UCAAAUUUCCGAACUCAGUUUUUUAACUAAGGUCACAGAUUUCCGCGGUGAGAAGGGCAAAGGGCAAAUGGGGGCAUCUGAAUCUGUCGCCUCCAAAUUGAAUCAACAGCCACCGAUCGAUCAGAUAACCACUGUUUCUGAGAGGAUAGAGAACGCUGACCCUAUGUUGGAGAGGAUCCAGGCCUUAAAGAUCGCGACGCCACUGCUGAGAUCCCAGACGCCGUCGGAAGGGAGCUUGACAGAUAUUCUUGUCAGAAAACCAUCUUCUUCCUCCAACUCUAACAUUCCAGGCAGUCUGAAUCCCAAUGUCCUAUUGGAGCUCUUCUCUACAUAUCGUGAUUGGCAGGUAGAAAAAGCCAAGAAAAUAAGUAAGAGGCAGGAGGAGAUAGAGAACAAGAUUGAGACAGCAGAUGCUCUGGCUGGGAAGCUUCUCCAGCGUUUCAAUCAUUCAGCCUCUUCUAUGAGAACAACAGCGCACAGCCUUACUGAAGUGCAUCAAUUGCAGAUAGAGGUUGGGGAGCUCAAAGGCAGGCUCACAGAGGUAAUAAGUAACUGUGAUGCAUUAUGCAAGAGAAUUGCAGCAGAAGGACCAGAAUCACUUCGCAGAUCAGCCGUACCUUUUGCAGCAAGAGGGAUUUCUUCAACAAACCAUUUUUCAUCAAGAAACAAAUCAUGACAUUUAGUUUGUGCAUACUGAUAAGAAGUUAUUCAAAUUUGCUAUUUUGUUUAGCAUUUUCCGUACAAACUUAAUGUACCAGAUGAAUCACGAUUAAUUAUUCUUUGAACCGUCUGAAUUUGCUACGAUUUUACUGUCAUUUUGUUGCGCUUUUACAAAAAAGACAGUUAAAGGGUAGCAAAUAUUUAAUAUUUACUAAAUAAUUGAAUAUUUGCUGCGCUUUUAUAAAAGUGCAAUAAAAAUGCAUUUAUAAUUGAAUAUUUACUGACAUUUUGCAAAAGCGCAGCAAAUCCGGACGGUUCUCUCCAUCUGAUGUCUACAUAGAAUAAUUUCUCGAUGAAUCACAAGAAUAUUUAUUUAUUUUGUUUUUUAGUGACAAAUUUGCUUUUAGAUGUUAAUUUAGAUCUACAAAGUCAUACCUACAGAUGCAGAUUGAGCAGGGACUCUGCAGUAAGAUGAUUGCCAAUGGGAACUAUUUUUAGACUUUUUAUGAUUGCUUUUUAGAGUUGAUUGUUUCAUCAUCAUUAUUAUUAUGUGAAGAAAGAAGUCGGAAAUUUUACCAAUUGAGCGUUGACGCUUUGACGGCAUUCCUCAUCUAUUGAGCUUACCUUAAUUAGUUGAAUUCUUGAAGAACAAUA